AUGGAGAUUCCUCUACAUAUAUUCAAUUAUUGCAGACCUGCACUGUCAAGAAUGCGCUUUCGCAUGGUUAAAAAAUCCACUCCUCCAUCCCUCACAGGCGAUAUGCAUUUGCUACACGCACAACUUUUUCAUAAUAAACUUAUUAACAUGUAUGUCAAGGGCGGAAGUUUGUUGGAUGCUCGUAAAGUGUUUGACCACAGUGAAGAACGAGACAGCGUCUCAUGGAAUACAAUAAUUGCAGCAUACCAGAGACAUGGGAAUCCUCAGGAGGCAGUCACACUGUUUCACCAAAUGCAACGAACAGGUCUCCAAACGGACCAGUUCACAUUUGCUAGCGUACUUCCAGCCUGUGCCAAAUUGGGAGUUUUGGAACAGGGAUAUGCACAAAACGGGUUUCUUGAAAAUGCAUUAGAAACUUUUAAGCAGAUGCAAGUGGCAGGAUAUGCACAAAAUGCGUUUGUUGAAAAAGCUCUAGAAACUUUUAAGCAAAUGCAAUUGGCUGGUGUAAAGCCAGAUUCCUCAACCUUUGCCAGCAUACUCAGAGCCUGUGCCAAAACGGGAGCUUUGGAACAGGGUUUAGUGGAGGAGGGCUGUACGUACUUCAAUCAUAUGACCAAUCCGUAUUGCAUUACACCUACGGUUGAUCAUUAUGUGUGCAUGGUUGACCUUCUUGCCCGUGCUGGAUGUCUUGAGGAUGCCCUAAACUUUAUAAUUAAGAUGCCAGUUAAACCUGUAGUGGAUGUGUGGAUGUGUUUUCUUGGUUCCUGCAGAUCACAUAUGAAUAUAGGCUUAGGGGUAUUUACAGCGAUGCUGCUUUUUGAUUUGGAUCCUAAAAAUUCUGCGACUUAUGUUCUUCUCUCAAACAUCUAUGCAGAAGUGGGAAGGUGGAGUGAAGUUCAAAUGUUAAGGAGAUUGAUGAAAGAUAGAGGAAUUAAAAAGAUACCAGGAUGUAGUUGGAUUGAAGGCCAUAAAAUGGUACAUGCUUUUUGCAUAGGAGACAGAUCACACCCUGACCCAAGAGAUAUAUGCAAAGUUGGAGAAAGUGCUUGGGAAAUGUAG